AUGGAAGUGUCUAACGAAAUAAAAGAAGAUAUUCGUAAAACGCAGUCGGACUUGAAAAAUGCCAUAAAAGUUCAUCAGAUAUGGGUGGCAAGAUUGCAAGAUGACGAAAGUAAUAUUCAUUUGAAAAGUAAAGUAAAUGAGGCAGAAAAAGAAAUAAUAGCAAUAGGUCAUGCACAAAAAUUAGUUGUAGAUAGACUUAGAAGAGAAUUAGAAUUGUAUCAACAGAAACUGAGAGCUCGUAACAAGCAAGUGAGCAUAGAGAAUGACAAUAGGUAUGUAGCUCAACAAUUAAGAGAUCAUCAAUUACAAUAUCAUAAUAGGAAUCGGAAUGUGUCCCUGUUGAAGCCUUCAGUACUAAAUGAAAUACAAAUCAAAACUGAAAACAAUGGAAAUGACAUUAACAAUGCCUCGGAUUCAGAUAGUGAAAACAAAUAUAGUGAAAAAGAAAAUACAAAUUGUGAAAUCGAUGAAAAGGAGAAAUUUCCAAGGAAUUUUUCACAAUUACCAAUAGUUCAUGAUAGGACUAAUUUUACUAAUACCUUGAACAAAGUAAAGGAAGCCCUCAUAGAAAGUAAAAUUCAAGAUGAUGAUUGGCAAGAGCGAUCAGAUUCAGAUUCAUCACCAACGGAUAUUUCUCCAACACCAUCACCACCACCUUUACCAGAACCUGGUGAACCUAUAUCUAAGGAAUUAUUUAUGAGAUUAAUUGGCUUAAUUACUCCACACCAAAAAGAUAUAUUAGAAAGGAAACGAAAUGAACGUCGCAAAAGAUCUACAAACAACACUAGUAAAGGAGAGUUUCUGUAUGGCAGUUACGAGAUGUUACCUAAACGUAAGAAAUAUAAUCAAUAUCCAUAUCUACAAUCACACACUGACCCGCCACAAACUCGCUCUGCCAAAUUAAGGAAACAACAGAGUCAAAAUAAAUCAUCGCGUGAAGGUUCUCCAUCAGGGUCAUCAUCAGAAAAUAAAGGAGGAGGCUGGAGUAGCAACAAGCCAUCUUGGAUUGCUUCCCUCCCCGCGGGGCUUUCCGUAGAGCCGGUGUAUUCUCCUACAAAGAAAGUCUGUCAUGGUUGUGGGAGAAAUGACGUGCCGUCGCUGCUGGUGUGGUGCGCGGCGUGCAGCGUGUGGCAGCACACGGGCUGCGGCGCGCGCGGGCGCUGCGCGGCGUGCGGCGCCGCGCUGCCCGACCCCGCCGCCGCGCCGCCGCACGCCGCCCCGCACGCCGCCGCGCACGACCUCGACGUGUACAGAGACAAACUUGCAGAACGCAAACGCCUACAAGAGAAGAAUAUCGAACUGUGUGUUGAACUGCGCAAGUUAGAAGCGAGGGCGGCUACGUUGAAAGAAAAUUUGGAUGAACAUAAUGCUGAAAAGCGACAACUGUUAGCCGACCAAAUAAAAACACAGAGAAACCUCCAGAAACUUCUAGACUUUAUCAGCCAAUUCAAAGAAACGUCUAUUAGCAUCCGUUCAACGUCUGUCAGCGAGUCGGGCAGCGAAGUUAGUAGGAGUAACGAGGAA